GAGGAUCCAGGCUUUCCCCAGUCCACCAUCAGUUCCGCCGAACAUCGACUUUGGGAACCCCACCCUAGUCAAUGUUUCCUCGACUCAACGACUCCGUCCUCGCUAUUGACGUGGAUGCUGUCGCCAAGAUCCAAGGUGACGAGGGUUUAUUAAGUCUAUGGAAUGGAAUCUCUGCAUGAUGGCCGAAGGUUGGAAAACAUCGCAUGGCGUCUCUUGCACCGUGAAAUGUCUAUAAAACAAGCUGAUCGGAGGGUCUGCAACUCAGGCCCGGAAGAGGCUAUCCUUACUGCCCCUCUGGUACCCGGCUCCCCUCUCUCCCCUUUGUCCAGUGAAACCGAAUCAGAUGAAGAUGAUAUUAGUACGGCAGUCGAUGAUGACGAGCUUCUGCCUGGUCCCUCGAGUUCCUCUGCUCCGCCGCCAAAAUCAACUCGCUCUCAUUCCUCCACAUCGCGUUCCAGUCGCCGUCGGCGAAUGCCCGUGACUACCGUAUUAACCACAUCGGCACACCCUCCUCGGACAGAGCGUACAGGGCAACAACUCUCGGCCUCUCAGCCUUCUGCACCCGGUUCUACCCGCAUAUCGCUCGACUCCCAUCACCGAACGCUCUCGGCUCCCCAUCGCCUCAGCAGUGGUAGUGCUAACCCAACUCAUCCUAGGAACAACCCGACUCGUUCCAGCCUGAAUAUCGGCAAAGUUAUAAGCACACUACUCCCAGAGAAGGUCGAUAUUCCCAGGAGUCCUCGGGUUGAUCAGCCUAUAUCCCCUCACGCCUCAACUAAUAGUACUAAUUCAAGUCGUCUCUCUGCCGAUGCCUCAUCUUCACCUGCGUCCCGCUCGAAUUGUAAUUGCCCGCACACUGCUGUUUGCCCGUCAACAUCACAAAAUCCUUCGACAUCUGUAACGGAUCCACCUGUUGGUGUUUGUUUUGCCUCCCCGCCGUUUUCCCCUUCAUCCCGCUCUGUCCUUGUCGCUAAUGGCGCCGCCAAUCCGGCACUAAUAUUGACGAACCCCACUCCUCGAGUCACUCCUCCUGCAACGCCUUCACGAGCGUCCACAACUGUGAGCGUGAAUAAACUUGAAUCUGAUAGAGUUAACGACGACGGAAUUUGCGGUAAUGAUGCUUCUGGACGAUGUCGUGAUCUCCACGAGGAACAAGGGCCGCAGCGACUGGCCCACCCUACCUUGCUUGCAGUCCCUUUUACAUCUACUGAAGAUCGUGCUCUAGUGCUUCCUCGCGUGGCUAUCGGCUCCCGAUUGCGUUCCUCGUCAGACGCUGCGCCUACCGAGCCCGAUAUGACGCUUCAGACUACAAAGCAGGUUGCUUCAUCUAUCCCAACUUUCUCCAGCCCACUAAGCGUGAAUAAGCGAUCAGCGCCUCCACGAGCAAUUCCCCGCUUGCUAGCUUCUCCCUUCUCCCAGCCGAUUGAAGAUCCCAGUCCAUCGUCCCCCCAGACUGCCCAGGUGCCUGCUUCUGUCGAUUCGAGUAAUGCACCCGAACAAGCGAAACUAGGGCCCCAGUACGGGCGUAAAAUUUUUUUCAUACAGCGGACGCCGCCUGGUGAAGACCGCUGUGUUGUUGAAGGCACCUCCAUUAACUGUGCCUCUAAAGUUGGACUGGUGUUACCCACAUCAGAUACUGCACCUAAACCCAUGGCCCUGGGUAAUCCUGCUGGCAUAUUAAAUCUGGCCACCACCGUUGCAGCAGGCUUACUGUCCAAUGACAGUGAGAUCGAAGCCCUGGCCAUUCAAACAUCAUCACUCGUGCCUGGCGGUCCCAUUCCUGCUUCCAAUCAAAUUACUUCCGUUCUGGGCAACACACCAACCCCUUCCCUACCUGCCCCUAUCUCCGUACUUUCUGCCGUUACUCGAGGCCCCAACGACGCUGAGACUAAGCAACCCACUGCUUCUGAUGCCACUUCGCAAGGACCCACAAUCGGCAUUAAUGUGUCCGUCAUCAGCCAUCAAGAUGAAACGGUGAGAUCCCAAGCACCUGACACGGUCACAAUCCCACCCCCGAAAUUAGCGAGUUCAUUCGUUCAUGCUGAAGCUGAUGGGACUAUUCCCUCAAUUGCCUCAUACGUCCAACCUAAAUUAAAUUUUGAGGAGAAUCCCUCUCCACGCACAGAGCGGAAAAAUGAAGGGAUUGCAACUGAUCCAUCUCCCCCUCCCAUGCAAACCUCUUGUUCUGUCAAGGAUGUUCCCACCGCGCCGACGACUCAAAUUCCGCUUCCCACCUCCAGGUCACAUAGCGUUCCCCGCAAAGGGAAGCAGCCAGCACACGGCUACCCUGCAUAUCGUGGCCGAGGGUAUGUGAACGGUGGCACCAAGCAUGUGCGCUUAGCUGCUGUCACCGCGGCAGGCAAUGUAGCACGGCCCGGGUUACCUAAGCAGUCUUCGUCUUCGUCGGCGAAUCUAAUGAAGAAAGGGGUUUCUGCAAAGACGAGGGCAAAAGGAAAGGAGGGGAGUGACUCAAUGGAUUCGAAGUCUCAGUCGCGCUCGCCUGGUGGGCAAUCGCGCGCACCAAGCACGAGUCAGGCCAAAGGACCGUUCGUUGCUUCUCCUCUUUCGAAUGGGGCCGGCACAUUCACCGAACCUGGGGAAUCUCGUGGAUCUGGGAGUGAGAGUGUUGGCAGUAAGAAGCGUGUCUUACCUAGCAUGGCAUCGAAGAAAUCGUCGCCAGCUGACGGACAAUUGCAGAAGCCACCUUACUCUCAUACAAACCCGGUGCAGAAUUGGAAUGUCAAACGACCCCUGCCUGGCCGAUCGUAUACGAUUGCCAAUAUUUCUAGAUUAGAACCUGCUCUGGAGCCUCAUGCUCCCCAGCCACAACCAUCGACACAAACUUCUGUGCCCAGGGGCAGUCGUCGUCCUGUUAUUGAUGCAACGUCUUCGGACUCUGAGACCACUAGUGAUGAUGGUUCAUCAUGGUCUGAUGUUACCGAUGAGGACGAAGAUUUUCAGGCAGGGAAUCAGCGGUCGAGGGCGUCUCAGGACGAGGAAGAGACUGGUCAUAUUGCACGUGAAGCCGCUCUGGAGGUGACACGUCAAAGGGAAAUGUUCAGGAAGCUCCCAAGCCGUUCAUACUCGAACUUAGGGCAGCGAAGGCAGUCAGGUCUUCUGAGUACACUGUUGAAUCCUGAUCCUGCAAUACUUCCGUAUCUUCCUACAGUGCAGCUUGAGGCCACUUGGAGACCCCAUAACUCGGCCCAGAACCUGGGGAGACGGCCACCCGCUCUGGCCCCCUUGGGUGCCCUGCAACCGAUGACUACAGUUGCUCUCCCUGCCGCUGGACCCUCCCGACCAGCUGCCCCCCCACUAAAACCCAGCAAGAGCGCUGCCGAAGUUCGUCUCGCUCAGGUUAGCGUCACGAACCAAGUGGCAGUCAACCCGAGUGGCAGGCCGGGUUACCGCCUGAAAGGACGGCCUGAAGGCGAAGAAGUGGAAUCUGACGAUGAAGAGGACGAUCAGACGCUUGGUUUGGAACAUAUGUCCAAAUCAGUGGCUCAGCGUAGAUUGGAAGCUCUCGCUCAGAAGGAUGGUCGCAACCGAGCCCAUCAGGCUCUCCCGAACAGUUCCUCGCAACAACCCGAUGACCGGCCUGGUGGUCAGCCAGAUGUACCGUCUGCCGAGUUCCAUGUGCGACAGCAGUCUCAGGAUUUCAACGGAUAUAUGGGGAAUUUUGUAUCCCGACCGCAGGCAGUUCCUUUGGCUCUGCCGCACCCCUAUAAUCUUCCGCCCCCUCCACCUCCUCAGACGCCUCGUACUACUCGCCGAGUCAUGAUGGCAAAUGAAAUGAGCGAGUCGUUGAGGCGCAACCUGCUGUGGGAGCGGCAACUCAGCCGACGCAUGCUUGGAAAUUUCAACAGGCAGCGCACUGAGAGGGACGAAGAGGCCGAACGUCAACGGCGAGAGCUCACGCGGACGAGGAGCUGGGCAGAUGAUUAUCACGCUUCGGGUUGGUGAUCCGUUCGUACUGCCUCGAAUCGGCACGGACCUCGAGCGUCUCGAAGCAAGCAAUGAUUAUUUAUUGACAAAAAAAGCGGAAACCUAACCUGCACAAAACUCAUCAACGUAGCAUAUUGCAGCUUAUUUGU